AUGAGUGAAAUAUUAUAGUAAGAGGAUGAAAUUUAAUUAGAUUAAGAAAAUAUUAGAGGAUACUUGGAUGAUGAAAUUUUAGGAUAGAUAGUUGAACAAUAUUCACAUUAAGGACUUACAAAUUAAACAAUAAACUAAUAUACUUAGUUAGUUUCAAGAGGUUGCUAAUUAGUAAAUUUAAAUAACUUAUUUUUCAGUUGCAUCCAUUAUUACCCAAGCUACCAGACUAGAAAGGAGUUAAAUUUAUAAGUUAACAAGAAUUACUCAAUUUAGAUAAAACUUUGUUGGGACGACUUGAGAGUGAUUAGAGAUUUAGAACAUAUAGAGAGAAGAUAAUGCGUAACCAUUCUCAAUCCUAUGUGCGAAAAUUCAAUCUAACUGACAAGAGUUAAUCUAUUUUGAAUGAAAGCUGUUGUUUAAAAGAAUAGAUUGCAUUUUAAUUGGAUCAUAAUAAAACUUAGUUAAAGUACUAAGAAGAAUAAUAAAAACAAAAUAUCAUGAGAACAACAUUUGCUAGAUCAAGAUCUUAUAACCAUAAUAAGUUACCAAAAAUAAAAACUUAUCCAGCCAAGAUUGAUGAAGAAGGAUAAAUUAUGCCAGCAAUAAAAGCAAAAGUUAUAUAAGUUCAACAACCUGAAGAAGAGAUUACAAUACCUACUCACUAUUUAGGAUGGAUAGAUUCUUUUUAUGGAAAAUGGAGACCUUAAAUGAGAGAAGGAGCUUCAUUAAAUAAUAUAUCAGGAAAAUUAUAUUUGUUUGGAGGAAUAAGUAGCCAACUUUUUAAUGAUAUUGUUAUUUGGGAUCAUAAGGAUUGGUUUCAACCUCAAAUAAUUGGAGAGAAGGCUCCUUUUGGUAGAACCAAUCAUAUUCACUGUGUUUAUAGAAGAAAUAUCUAUAUAUUUGGAGGUGAAAAACCCUAUGAUGGUUAAUAGAGAAUAAGAGAAAGCACUAAUGAUUUUAGAGUAUUUAAUACAGGUAUUUUGAAAGAUAUAUGAAAUAGAAAAUAAUGAAUUCAAAGCAUUGAGGUUUGGAGGAGAAGUAAUUGAAGGGAGAAGGGGAGCAUCUGGAGCUAUUGUAGGAAAGCAUAUUAUUAUACAUGCAGGUAUCAAUACUAAAGGAAAAUAUUUAAGUGAUUUAUAUCACUAUGAUAUUUAGAACAAUAAAAUGAUUUUAAGUUAGGUAGAAUAGAAUGAUUUCUUUUCUAAUGGAAUUGCCUUUCAUACACUCAUAUCUGUUUUUAGUAGUUCAAGAAAUAUUCAAAUUUAUAAAAACUAUAUGGAUCCAGAGGAAAUGAAAGAAAUCAAAUAUAAAGUAGAAGGUGUAUACUUGUUUGGUGGAGAAUCAAAAAUUGGAACUUUAUAUUCUGGUUUAUAUAUGCUGAAUCCUUGUACACGUCCUAUGUAAUGGUCUUUAGUUUCUGGAAAAGGAAAAUUACCAAGUAAAAUAAAUUGAAAUUAAAAUAUUAGUCUCUAGAUAUAAACAUUCUGCUUCUUAUUGUGAUAGAUAGGGAAUUAUAAUUAUUUAUGGUGGCAUAAGUGAAUCAUCUACUUUCUUAAAUGAUUGUCAUAUUUUCAAAAUUGAAACUUAAUCUUGGAGUAUUGUUGAUUUUGAGUAAAAAGAAGGUAGAGCAGGUCAUUGUGCUGUUGUGGAUGAUCAUAAACUUAUGAUUUUUGGAGGUUAUAAUGAAACUGGAUUUCUUAGUGCUGAAUUUUAGGUUCUAGAAAUCGAUUCUAUGAUUGCUUAUCGAAAUAGAAGAUAAGCAAAUAUAUCUAAUCAUCUUCAAACAAAUCCAUUAUAAUUAUCGACAAGUAAUUAAAAUGUCAAAACAAAGCAAUAAAUUUAUACUGAUAGAAUGACUAAAAUAAGAGAAUAAGUUGCUAGUCUUUCUUAUAAUAUUAAAUCUUUUAUACCUAAACCUAUCAUGAAAUAAAUAUCUGCUAAAAAUCUCAACAAAAUUAAUAAAGAAUAAAUGCUAUUUUCUUAAAGAUUAAAUGAAGAGACUUCUGAAUUAAUCAAAGAUUUUGAUUAUGUAGAAGAAAGCAAAGAUGAAAUGAAAGCUUCUUCCAAAUUAGAUGGCUCUCCACAUUCAAAUAAAAAAUUUACUGAUAGGCGCUCAAUUUCAAUUAGAAAUUUAUAACCAUUUUCCCAUUGA